AUCAAUAUCCCCAAUACAAGCACGUGAGACCCAGAGUGAUCUCACGAGAACCAUUCGCAAAGGGGAGAGACAACUCAGGGAAAUUGCAAAUGGGAGACUUUGAGGAUGACCUGGACGAAGUAGAUCAGAGCACUAUUACGGCCUACUUGAACGAUCCGCCUGCUCUUCAUAUACGAAGGACCCUAGACCAGUAUUCUUACCACAUGCUUCGGUGUACCGCCCGAUGGGACCAAGAUCAGGUGGUAUCACGCUGGGCUAGAAGGUGGGCUAGAAGGGAACGCGUUCAUAUACACAACAUCCUCAUGGUGGAUCAGCUUUGGCUAUGGAUGCAUAGUCUAGGGCAAUCCCCAGCACAAGCCUCCACGCAAGCGUCUUCAAAAUACCGGCCUGAAUAUGUCAUCACCGCCUUUCCCGAACGCACUGAAGCCGACUACCUGAACCGAGGUUGCUCUGAAGACAUAAAGUCGCAAGUGCUUGCUUCGAACAAGAGGCUAAGGGAGCCGAUUUGCACCAUGCGGGACCUUGGAACCCGCAUUCUGUUUACAUGCUUCAAUGUCUUUGAUAGGUUUCAGGACCGUGAGACGCUACAGUUUUUUCACAUGUUUGAGGAUUCUGUUCGCACCAUUGACGACAAUGAGAGUAGCCUGUUUGGCGAAUUCCAAAGUCACUCCACCGCUCUCCAUGAAUUGGGAAUGAAAAGCCGGAACUUCGGCCAGAGAAAGCGUAUGCUCAUGGAACAGUUGUUGGAUAUAAGAGAGGAAACAAGGUCUCUGGUUGAGAUCAAGGACAUUCGAGAUGAGAUACAUAUCAUCCUUUCGGUUUUCCAUUCCCAACUAUCAGUCCUAGACCGACUGGUUGGGGAGGAAUCGAACAAGAACACUAACCUGGGGCCCUUCGCCAUCAGCAAUGCGGUCGAACGACUCAUACAGAACAACAUCACGGACUUCACGAAGCUGGAUAAUCAGGCCGAAUUGAUUCAAGAUAAGCUCAAUACAUUGCUCGAUUUGAAGCAGAAAGCAUCCAAUGCCUGGGAGGCGCGCUCUGCCAGAGAGUGUGCCCUAGAAGCUGCGAAACAAGGCAAUACUAUGAUGGUCUUCACCGUUGUCACCAUCAUCUUCCUUCCUCUGUCCUUUAUGGCGUCCUUCUUCGCGCUCAACAUCACCGCAUUCCCACAGGAUGAGAAAAGCGGGGAAUCAAGCUGGCCUCUUGGGCUCCUCUCAGCGUAUCUAUUUGGGAUAGCAAUUGCAAUUUCCGUGCCCCUGAUCAUUAUCGCCAUGAACGUCCAGCACUUUUCCAACCUCUGGCAGCGGAUACGCAACGACUAUUUCAUACUACUCCAAAUGACCAUCAUCCAAUACUUGCCCGGGUUUAGGCCCGAGUCACCAGGGUUUAAAAAGCUUGAGGAGAGGAGGGACGCAUAUUUGAAUGAGCAGGAAGAACUCGAGAAUGACCAAGGCCUGCAUCCCGAGAAAGCCUAGCUAGACGAAGUGACUCUCCACGAUGCUUCAUGUCCUACAGAGCAUAUACUGACGAAGGUAUCGGCUAAGCGGCGGCCCACCCAUGGCUGGCAUAUCUCAUUGGGAUGGCUCUGAUUCCGAGGCAAAGCAAAGCCGGAACAACAGAGCAAGGGCGUUCGUACCGAGGUAUGAAAGCUCGUGAAGCGUACCGCAUACACCAGAUUGCAGCG